AUGAACGCAUUCGAAAGACUUGUUCGAAGAAAACAAAUAACAUCAUCAGUUACUGAAGGAGAUCCAAUAGGAUCAUUUAUUCUCGAUAAUAUUCGACCAUUAGAAACAACAAAACCAUAUUCAUGGUAUUAUGAUCAAACACAUGAUCAUCCAUGUCAAAUUGAAAGAAGAUCUGUUGAAGAUGUUCCUCCACAUUCAGCUAUUGUUGCUUUUGCUAAUUGUUCAACUGGUUCAAAUAGAGGUCUUAUUGAUAAAAUAUUAAUUGAAGCAUCAUUUAACCAUCCAUUAAAUGAAGAAUCAAUUAAAAAUUUUUUAAAAUCCAUACAAUAUAUAAAUGGACUUCAACGCACAAAAGUUUAUUUAAAUGAAAAUAUUUCAAUUGAAAACAGUUCAUUAAUUCGUUUAACAUCAUUAAAUUCAAUUGAUUAUAAUGCUUUUCGAACAAUUGAAUUUACGGAAAAUUUUCGUCCUGGUUCAAUUGUUAUUUUAACUAUUUCACCUAUUUUAAAUAUUGAAAAAUCAAUAAUUUAUAUAAAAAAUAUUUUAAAAGCAUUUGAAAAUUCUACAAUUGAAGAACAAUCAGAUGGAAAAGGUUUUGAUGUUUAUUCAAUAUCAAAUUAUGGAAAACUUACUUAUUGUAGUCUUCAAGGACAAAUAUCUAUUUUAGAUAAAAUUCGUUUUAAUAAUGAUCUUAAACAUUCUUUUAUAAUUCAUUUAAAACAAGGAAAUUGGCUAAUGGAUUAUAUAUCAAUAAGACUUAAAAUUCAUUCAAAUACAAAACAAUUAGGAGAAUGGUAUGAUAUUUUUAAUCAUAUUAAAAAUUUAUCUCGUUUAAUCAUUUCAUCAUAUUUUGAUUUAAUUUUAAAUAAAUCAUAUAAAUUAAUAAAAGAACAUAGUUUAACAUUAAUGAAUCAAUUUAUUCGUUCAUCAUCAAUAUUUGCUCAAGAUUUAAGCCAAUCAUUAAUUCAAUUAAUAAGUAUUGUAAGAAAUGCUCGUUUACCAUUAUUAUUACCAAAUUUACGUGAACCAAAACCAAUUGAACAAAUUGAUGAACAAACAUUUGAAAAAAUACAAUUAACUCCGCCUUUAGCUGCUGGAUUACCACAUUUUGCUGCUGGAAUUUAG